GAUCCUUUUUUUUUUUCGUGAAUGAGUAGAGUGUGAAGAAAAACUAACAUGAUUAAAACUGGAUUUGAGCACUUACUGGCUUCCUGUAGCUAUUAAGUAAUAACAGUAACAGCUGUUGCUCUUCCCAUUGGGGGGGAAAGCAAAGAACUUUCUUCUUUAAAGGAUGUUUGCCUGUCAGGCUGAAGGAGAAGGCUGCCCAGUGUCUGAAGGAACAUGAAUCCUCAGGCUGAGGACAAGAUGAAUGUGCAGGCCUUUCUUGUUCUGUGGGCAUUUACAGUCCUGUACUUGGUUUCAUACACUGAUGCAUUUUCUCAUGGUGCCAGCCUUUCUGCAUGUUCUGAUAUGAGACCCAAACAUAUCAGAGCUCACCUUCAGAACCCACAGAAUAAUUACAUUACCAUCCAUACCAACACAUCCUUUUCUCCCGGUGACAAGGUACCAGUCACAAUCAGGAGUUCACGUGAUUUUAUGGGCUUCAUGCUUCAAGCUCGCCGGGUCCUGAAUGACCAAAUUGCCGGCACUUUUGUAUACAUUCCUCCUGGCUCCAAACUGCUGACUUGUUUUGAAGAUGGUGACACUGUUACCCAUUCAGACAAAUCACUUAAGAGAAAUCUGUCUUUUGUGUGGAAAGCGCCAGAUCAGCCUAUUGGAGACAUCAGAUUCUUUUUAUCAGUUGUUCAGUCAUACUUUGUUUAUUGGGCAAAGAUUGAAUCGUCGACUGUUUCUCAACAAAUACAAAAUAGAACAAUUACUGAAAAUAAUGUUGUCUCCAAUACAAUUAAACCAUCACUACUUCAGGAGCUUAUUGAUCUAAAAGGAACAUUUAUUGUAGGAAAAAGAAGUUCUAUUCCUGAUACCAUCAUAACUCCAUUUGUGACAUUUACACCUACCACCAGCCUGAUUCGAACUGAAGAAACACUGGCUUUGGAUUCAACGUACCAUGGAAAACAAGUCUCUGAGUUUGGCAUCAGUGGAAAUGUUCAGCCUGAGUCCUCUGUAGACAUGGUCACUUCAUAUGACAUAAUGCUCAGUAAUGAAACAAACAAAGGUGGUGAUUUCACUCUGGAAUCAUCACUUCAGCUUCAGGAUCUGAAUUUCAGAGUGCAAGAUUAUUUCUCCAGUGCACAUAAUGGGACAGAAACUACUUCAAGUAUUCCCAUAUCACUGUUGUGUCUGACGUGUAAGAAAAGCGUGAAGGAGACUUCGAUGACACCCAGUCUGGAUGUAACCAAAUCUGCAUCUCCCAUUACAACUUCACCACUGGUCCAGUUUUGGGACUCUCCAAUGCUUUCAGACCUGGAAAGAAUGCCAGAGGAUUUGGAUAGAGAAGAGGAUACAGAUGUCUACCAAAGUUUAUCAGCAGUUUCAAGACAGAUAGUAAAUAAAAAAACAGUAACACAGACAGUUCCAGUAAAUUUUCUGCCCCAGGCUGAAUUUCCAACACCUGGGCAGAAGAUAUACAAGCAGAAGGAGGUUCCUGGGAACAUACUCCUGAAGGUAACGAGGACAAAACCCCAAGCUGCUGUUUCUGGAGUAGGAAAAGAAAAGUCACACAAGGAGUCACAACUUGUAGCUGCUCAACUUGGUGUCCUCCUUGGAUGCUCUGCUGUCCUUGGCAUGGUGCUAGCUGUUGGCCUCCGCUGCAUCCAUUCCCAGUAUUGUCAUAAGCGGACUGAAGUAUCUUUUAGCGAGCCAGACAACAAUGUCAUUGCACUCCAAGAUAGUGGAGAGAUGAUGCACUUCAGGAAGAUACGAGAAAACAGCUUUGUCCUGGUGCAGGCAGAGUACAACUGGAUCAGCCCUUCAAGCAGUGUAAAAAAAGCUGUUAUGUAGAGAGCCAGUUCAUUGUGAUAUCUACCAGUUCAUUGUGGUAUUAUUGUCAUUGUUCUUUUAUAGGUGAAGUGUGUGUCAACUGUGAGCCUAUGGUAAAGUAUUAAUAAGAACAUGGAAAUCUGACCAACUGCAUAUAUUCAUUUAAGUGAAUAUAAUCAAAAUAUGCAUGCUUUGGUUAUAGUACAGCUGACUCUUAACUAUUUGACAUACUGUAUGUUAUAAAAUGGAGAUGUUCUUUGUUUCAGAUGUCACAAAAUAUGAUUAGAUAUUUUUGUUCUGAGUAUUACAACUAAUACUACAUACUUGCUCAUUAAAAUUAAUUUUGCAGGCUUUAUUGUUUUGUUGAUGCAUUUGGAUACCAUCAGUAACAGGAACUGCAAUUAAGUGUUGCCUCCUAUUCAGUCUCUGAAAAAAAAAAAAAUUAAAAGU